AUGAGCAUUCUUGGCUUUUCCAAAUUUCCUGGAAGUGAUGCUAGUGUUCCAAGAUUUACCGUGAGAGCAAGACAGACAGAUGGAGGCGCCCGCCAGAGACGCCAGCGGAGCCGCCUCCGGGGCAGGAGACGCGGGAAAGGUGCGCAGCGCGGCCGGGCAGCGCAGCCAGCUCUCCUGGGCGCGCUUCUCCGCGGCCGGAACGCUCUCCCCAACACAGCCUCAGUCCCAGGGCCACGACCGCCGACUUCAGAUCCAGGGGGCCCCGACCCCUCACCCAGCGCCGGAGACGGCUCGCUGCCAGCCAGGCCCACGCGUCCACCUGGCAGACAUGCGCCGAGCGCCCCGAAACUUCGGAAACCACCUGGGGAUGCGGCGCGGGGCGCGGCGGGCCGGGGGGCAGCCAGCCCAGGACACGGCGUGCCCCCGCGUCCGCCGGCCUCGGGCCUCUCCUCCAGGCGCCCGCGACCCGGCUCUCCGCCCGCCCGGCCCCACUCACCGCCCGGCCAGCCGUCCACUCGGCACCCGCGACGCCAGAGCCCCGCAGGGGACUGGGAGGAGGGUCGGGGGCGUGGUCCCGCGGGCGGGGACCCUCCCCGGGGCGCCGUCUCCCCGCCCCGCCCCGCCCCCGCGCUGGGAGCUCUGCUGCCGCGGGUCCGCUGCCCCUGGAGGCACGGGCCGCUGCUGAAGCCGGCUUUCCAGUAA